GUGAUGGAGGAAGGAUUUGUAAACGAAAAGCAUCAGCAUUUCAAGUUAGUUUGGAACUACAGUCUCUUUUAUAUCAUGAUUUUAUUCACCUGUUUUUCUUCCGUUCACCAGGAGGAACUUAUGAACUCAUUAUACCGCAACAUGCGUUACACACCAGAACAUAAACAGUAUAUCCCUGCUAUUACAUUACGAAGGUUUAUACAGUUCGCCGAGGCCGAUGAUGAUCCUUCGUACCGUCGACAGUCUGCUUUCAAACUAGAUUAUGACAACUAUGAACAAAUCAAGAUAUUCUACUCAAAACAAGUUGGAGGAGACCAAGUUUUCAACUUAUCAGGAAGAAUCGGUAACAUUUCUAAAAUCCGACGAGCAGACCUUAUCAUAAAGGAUUAUGAUCACAAUUUUGAACGAGUACGAGUGGCGUUUCCGACAAGAUUCCAGACUCAAAGACAUCAUCGUUGGAAAAUCGGAAAGUGGACUAUCGAGGGCUAUGCCUUAAAUGUCACAAGACGUGUGCAUAAUCAUCUUCGGAACGGUCACAAAAUUAUACCAUUUCGAGUAUGUGUAAAAAACAGAAAACACUAUUCAAGGUGCAGUGUUUUCAGUAAAUUUUCGAUCGCUCUUGUCAUCCAAAUCAAUAUGCACAUGGGUGCUUGGUACGAGUAUUCAACUAAGCACAUGGAUUUACUUGAUAUGCUUCGUGAAAGAGAAAAAUAUCAAAUCAGGACGAAAAGAUCCGUAAGCCAUGGGAUAACGCCCCUACAAACCACACCAGCUCCCACCAUUGAACAUGUCGAGUCAAACAUAUGCCAUGUACAUCCUUGGAGAGUAGCAUUCCAUGAUAUCGGGUGGUAUAACGUUCAGGCCCCAUCAGGUUUUCAGGCAAACCUUUGCUUUGGUGGGUGUCCUUCGCCACUUUUAAGUCAUGCAAGUUUAAAUUACACAUAUCACUCUGUCGUCGUGGAUUUGUAUCUUGUUUAUCAUAACAUGUCCGCAAACGGCAUUCCACCGGAGCCAUGCUGCACGCCCACUGAAUUGGGUCCAGUUUCUGUGUAUUAUUCCGAAGAUGAUGGCAGCCACGUGCUAAUUCGUCUAGAAGGAAUGAGGGUUAUCGCUUGCGGUUGUCUCUAGCGAUCAGAGUGUGGCUCAAAAUAUUUUAUGUGAAGAUGCUAAGAACAUGCAAGUGUCACUAGCGAUCAAUGUUUUAUUCAUCAUGCUUUGAUAAUUAUUUAAUGAAUAGAUGCAUUUAUCAACAGCGAUCAUUUGGCGAGUAAACAUGUUUUAUGUUGUGUCCGAGAGCACAAAAUUCGUGUAACCAAAAUCAAAAUGGAAAACCGGAAUAUUGAUUUGGAUAACCAAACUAUUAAUAUGUGAUUCUGUAUUGUCAUACCGAAACGGAUAUAUUGCCAAGAACAUUUAUUUUCCUUGUACAUUCCCCAGGGUAAAAUAUUUCGCGAAAGUUAUUACAGAAAAAAGUUAAAUGGAAUACCAUUACUUUGAAACAAAAUGCCAUAAAAAGCAAAACCGAGCCUUAAGACAUUGCAGAAAUCAAAUAUAAGGCAAUUGAUUAUUACUGAAUUCGUUUCCGUUUCUCGGAUUUAUCUUUGAACACAACUCGGCAUUGGCUAAGGAAAUGUGUUUGUGGAAAUGUGGAAAAAUUGCUGUUUUCAUCAUAAAUAUUCAUAUAUUGUGUAGGACUUGUUGUGGAGGAAUGUGAGUUAACACAACAAGGGAAAACUGACAUAUAAAUACAUGUAUGACUUAAAGUGCGGAAAAUAUAAAUAAACAUUUACAUAGACCAUUAAAGAUAUUAAGGACAAAAUAAGAAUCAGGAUAGUUAUUAUGACAACAUCAGUCAUAUAGUACUAGUGUCGUUAAAACAGAAUACCGACAUGGCCAAAUAUAGGUUUACGUGGAACUAGGAAAAAGUAUAAGAAAAAUAAGACCGAAAAUUGAAACGUACAUGUACGUCUUCUGCUGCACGAACGACAUGCAGAUCUAGUUUACACCCAAGUUAUUUCACAUUCUCACGUAAAUACCAAAGGCAAACAUGAUGACGAAAAUAUAUUUGCUAACUUUGUCAUUGAUUAUAACAUUUUACUCUAGAUAGAUAAAUAGUAUGUUACAGAAUAUUCUUCUGUGGGAAUCUUAAAUUACUUGGGUACAUUCCAAGCUUCAAUGUAACCCGUAAUAUCUUAAAUCAAUGCAUUUAAAUAGUAAGGCAUCUGAAGAGAUGCGAAUACCCUCGCUACUCAGCAUUGCCCAAUUCACAAUAAAAGUUUGUCAGCAUUAUCUAGCCACAAUGUUGUGAUUAUAGUUAUGAUAUAUAUCCGAUCUCGUUCAAGAAAUGUUGGUUGGACGUGUAUGAAGUUUAAGGGAAAUUGGAUCAUUAAUGAGGUCAGUAGAGUGAGGACGUUGAAAAUCUAUUUAAAAUAACAGUAACCUCAUUUUCCCCCAGGUUGCUAAAAUGCGAACUCGUACAAGAGAGAAUGGUUGCGAGAUAGUGUUUAAGAUUUAGUGAAUUUGGAUCGUUAAUGAAGUCAGUAGAGCGAAAAUCUAUUCAUAGUAACAGUGACCUCAUUUUUGAUCCCGUGUUGAUAAAACGCAAACUUGAACAGGAGAUUCUGGUAGUAAGGGUAUUAAGUUUCAGGAGAACUGAAUCAAUAAUUAAGGCGGUAGUGCGAGAGUGCCAUUUGGUUACGUAUGUACGAGCCUACUGUAUAUACUAUAUAUAACACAAAUCAUGAUAUCAUUAGAUACGCUCGCAAAUUUUUAGGUUUAUACCAAUUUGUCAUUUUUAUUUAAUUUCAAUGAGUACACAUCCUGGGUAUCGUU